GCAAAAUACGAGACUGACUCACGGAAGGACAAAUUUUCAUCAAAUUAGGACGAAAUUAUGGGAUUCAAGCGAUAUAUUUCACGUUACGCCCAUUGCGGGGGUUAUACUCAUUGUUGUUACAGCGAAGAUGGAGAAAAAAUUCUUACUUGUGGCAAAGACGGCGAUAUUCGUAUCUGGAGCGGCAAAGAUGAUGAUGAUGCCUCCUCGAACGGGAUCUCCGAAUACGUCAAUUGUGUCGUCCAAUACGAAAAUCGGAUCCUCGUGGCAACCGAUAUGAACAUUGUUUCCGCUUACACAUUCCCGGAAUGCAAAAAAGACGGAAUUGAGUUCCGUUUUUCCGCAUCUGCAACCACAAUUCAAGUCAACGACGCCUGGAUCGUAGCUGGAGCUGAAGAUUUCAUGUUAAAAGUUGUCAAAAAAGACAAAUCCGAAGACGCCUUCGAACUCAAGGGACACGAAGGACCCAUCGUUUACGCCGAAUUAGGUCCCAAUAACUUCCUCGCGAGCAAAAGUGGCGACGGAAAGAUCAAAAUUUGGGAUUUGACGAAGCAAAAAGACGUUCACACAAUUUCGGGACUCGAUAAAUGCAAAACUUUCGACACCGCAUUGUCGUAUGGCGCUCUCUCGUUCGACGCGAAAAAGUACUUUGCGUAUUGCUAUCAAAGGAAAAUUGUGGUUUUGAAUACCGCGGAUUGGACUGAAGCUUUUUCGUUGGAAGACGCGAACGCAAGUGGCGAAUUUACGGUUUGCAGUUUCUCGCCAAGCGGAAAAUUGAUCGCGGCAGGUACGUCAAAGGGAGAAUUGGUGAUUUUUAGUGUUGUUACGAAGAAGUCGAUUGGGGGCGAUGUGAAGCCAUCAGAAAUGAAUGCCUUGACGGCGAUUGCAUGGAAUCCGCAUCAGGAUAAAUUUAAUGGGGAAUUGUCGAUUUGUGAUGCUUCGGGGCAAAUUGAGUUUAUUACGGAAGCAUUUGAUGAAACAAGUGGCGGAGCUGAAGAGAAAAAGAGUGUCAGUAAGCCUCAGAAAAAAACUUCGAGACCUCCUUCGGCUAUGGAUGAUGAUGAUGAUGGCGCGGAUGAUAUUUACAAAGAAUAUGGCUUUGAAGACGCAGAAGCAAUGGAUGAUGAACGUGACAUUAUGGGCUUAGAGGAAGACGAAGACGGUGUCUCACUUGAACGCAUCAAAAACGAAACCCUCAACAAAUACGGCUCCCAAGAAAGUCUCUCGAUGAAAAGUAACGUUGCUGCCUCAGUAAAAGACUUACCAAUGGCCCGCACUGUCGAUCUUCAACCCGUUUUUCAACCUGGAUCGACUCCAGCUUCUCUCGAGCAUCGCUUUAUGAUUUGGAAUCACGUUGGAAUCGUUCGCAGUCACAAAAGCGACGACGAGGACUCGAUCGAGGUUGAAUUUCAUGACAGCUCGACGCAUCACGGGAUUCACAUUAACAAUCAUUUGAACCACACAAUGGCUUCUUUAAGCACAAGUGUUCUUGCUCUUGCAUGCGAGGCACCAAGCAAACUUGUCUGUAUCACACUCAAAGUCGCUGGAAGUCGCGAAUGGUCAAUUUCCAUGCCCGACACGGAAGAAAUUCAAGCAGUUUGUGCCUCAGACAAACUCGUUGCUGUUGCCACAGAUGCCCGUUACUUGAGAAUUUUUACGGUUUUGGGAACGCAACGCGAAGUUUUAUGCAUUCCGGGACAAAUUGUCGCCUUGGCAGCACAUGACGAGCAAAUUAUUGUCGCAUAUCAUGCUGCAGCUGCCGCCACAGACGAUCAAAAUAUGAAUUUAAUGAUUAUUGACUCUUUUGGGUACAACAUCAAAUGCAAGGAAGCAAAAAUUCCGCUCACUCCGGGAUCAAAACUCACCUGGUUAGGCUUCAGUCGUGAAGGAUCUCCCGUAAUUUACGACUCACGUGGCAUCAUGAAGCUCUAUCGUCACAAAUCGAGUUGUUGGUUCCCCAUUUGGAAUGGCGCGGAAAAUACUCGAGGUGCUUCCGACACAUUUUUCAUCGUCAGCGUCACGGAAGAGCUCAAAGAAAUUCAGGCAAUUUUGUGUCGCGGAUGUCCGUAUCCGCUAACAGUCCCUCGCCCAAUUUGCGGAAUAUUUAAAACGGAAAUGCCCUUGUGUGACCUUGACCUUGAAAAAUCCCGAAUCGAAGAGGAAUUAUUAAGUUGCAAAAUUCUCCAAGUACUAAAUGCGCAAAAAACCAUCAAAGAAGACGCCAUAAAAUUGUUCGCGCUUGCCUGUAAAUCCGAGCUGGAAUAUCGCGCACGAGAACUCAUCGAACUAAUCGCGCUGCCAGAAAUCGUUCCAAUUGCCGCCAAAUACGCAAGUGGCUUGGGUCGCAUUCAUUUGGUGCAAAAACUGCAAGAUUUGAUGCCAGUUGUCGAAGAACGUCAGAAAGAAAUUGAAGAAAAACUUAACGCACCUGAUCAGGAAAUGAUUCCUGCUGGAAUUUUAAUGAACAAUUCGUCAAAUAAUCCGUUAUUGUCAUCAUCUCCCGUUAUCGGACCCGGUCCAAUUUUGAAGCCAAAAACGAUGAAUCGCAAUCCUUUCAAAAAAAUGAACACAAGUGGCAGUAGCUCAGCAAAUAUCCAACAAAAUUCAAAAUCAAAAGCUUUUAGUCAUCUCUCGGACCUGGGAUUGGGUUAUUCUCCGACGACAGAAACGCAAGCAAGUGACUUGAAUGAUUCCUUUGGAACGGAAAAUGGCGAAACUAAGCAAAAAACUGCCGUCAUGCCAUUCCCCGAAUGGUUCAAACAAAAUUCAGACAAGCUAAAAGAAGAAUUUCCCACGGAAAAUCUCAAAGAAUUCAACAAAAUUUGCAUGGGCAAGUACACGGAGUGGAAAAAAUCGCUCGGCUCCGAAAACAAACGUAAAAUUGACGAUGUUGACAACGACUCGAUGUCAGGUGUUUCUAAAUUAGCCAAGUUCGCAAAGGCCUAAAACGUAUUUUUAACAUUUUUGCAGUAGAAUUAAGACACAAUAUUGUCCAAUAAAUUUUAAUAUUUC